ACGAGUGGCUGCAGAUGAAGCAACCACUCGAUAAGAACAUAAACAAUGACCUCCCUCCUUCAGCCUCCUACCCACUUCGCCACUCGUCUCCAGAAUCAACAACUUCACAAGCUAGGCGAUCGUCAGUAGCCAGCAGCAUGGGCUCAGAGUCUCCGCCAGCCGGCUUCUUCUCAACCUUUUCCGUGGUCGACCCGAACGGAACUAACGGUCUCGAGAACGGUGCUGGCAUCGGGGGUACAACCCGAGCCCAGAAACGGAACAGGCGCGUCUUUGUGUGUAUUCCAUGCCACAAGAGAAAGUUAAAGUGCGACAAGAACCUGCCGUGUGGUAGAUGUGUAGCGUACGGUGCGGCCGAUGAAUGCGUAUAUCAGGCUUUAACAUCGGCUUCUACGUCACCGGCAUCUUCUGCCCCUACACCAUACGCGGCAGGCAGGCAGGAACCGACAAUCGAACGGCGAAGCUCGUCGCGUGCCUCGUCUCGGGGCGGGGCCAGGGAUCAUCAACCCCGAUAUGCAUACCGUUCGAGCGAUGGGAAGUGUCGAGCCACGGGCAUCUCACACUGGACUGUGGUAGCUAGCGAGUUCGAGGAGGCUUGUCCGUACUUAUUCGGCUCUGAUGCUCAGUGGCAACCACGAUAUCGGCAGCUCAAAAACCUCAAGUACUUCUUCACCUCGCUCUCAGGGGCCAAUUUUCCAUUCAGCAACAGCAGCCCCUACACGCCAAGCAAGAACGAGAUCAUAAACAGCUUACCGCCGCGGAACGUUGUCGAUGCGCUAGUGGGCAACUACUUUAUGACAUUCGAGUCGACGCAUCGCCUGCUGCACCCGGCACAGUUCCAGGAGGAGGUCGAGGCGUUCUGGACGGACCGGGAGAACACCGACGACAUAUUCCUGGCACAGCUGUGCGUGAUGCUCACGCUCGGCUGCCAAUCGGCCCCGGAGACACUCUUUGAAGGCACAGGGCGUCUGGCUUCCCAGUGGACCGAGGUCCUCUUGGAUUGCGCACAAAUAUCGCUAGGUCGAUCCCCCUACAUGCUCAUGCCAAGCCUGGCUACGGUCCGGACCCUCUGUAUGAUGACCCUGUGCAAGACCAUCGGGCUCAGGGGCACGACUUCCUGGCAGGCUUCGACCAUGAUGGGGUUCGUCGUGAGGAUGGCCACGUCCUUGCAGCUUCACCGGUCUGCAACAAUGUUCCCAGGCAUGCCGGAGUUUGAGGCCGAGUGCAGGAGGCGAGUCUGGGCGACCGUCCAGCUGCUGGACUUGGAUGUGGCCAUGUGGGCGGGCACCAUACCGAUUGCUCGCGACCAUGACAAUGAACCGCCUCUGAGCAUCAACGACUCGGAUAUCCGCCAGGACCCGACAUUGCUUGGAGAUGGGCAGGGGUAUGCAUCUCGUGGCUGGGUUAUCGACAACUUUUGGGCUGCUAGCGAGUACACGGAUGGUGCUUUCCAGUCAAAGCUUGCCGAGGUGGUUCCGCUGCUCUCCGAGGUCAUCGCUAUCGUCAACUCGAUCUCAGCCACGAGCCCGAGGAACGGUGGCGUCCCCGGUGGCUUUGAGCAUGAAAAGGUAAUGAGGCUGGACAAGCGCAUCAGGACACGCCUCAAGGAGGUGGAAGCACUCCUUGCAUCUGGCCGAGGGGUGACUCGUCCGGACCGCCAGGGCGUGCUGGGAGGCCAGCUGCAGUUUGUCCGGGUUCUGGCCCACAGGACCUUGCUGGCACUGCACCACGCCUUUGCAAGGGGUUCCACGGCGCAUAUAGUCCGUCAUGAACAGUCGCUCCGUGCAACCCUCGAGUCGUCGCUGGCCCUGCUCAACAUCCAGCAGCACGUCGCUGCCGACACGGCACUCGCCACCCUAGCGGUCGCCACCGCGAUGCUGGAUCCGUCCAGUGCCGCGCGUGGACGAUCCAGGUCGACAUGCUCGUCACCGGGCCUCUCGCCGGCCAUCCUGUCCUCCGCCGGCGUCCCCAUGCACGCCGGCGGCGACUCCCGCAGGUGGCUGCUCGACCUGUGCAGGGACGACUUUAGCAUCGCGGCCGCCUACGUGAUCCUCGCCCUGCGCCGGGGCGACUUUGAUGACUGCGACGGCGCGGCCUCCCCCGACGCCGCCGCCGCCGCCCUACGGCAGUCGCUGGUGGUGGUGCGCACCCGGGCCUGCCGCACCCUCCUGCACUUUAAGGACUUUACGGGGCUCAGCAUCCUGGCCGGCUGCCUGAGCUACGUCAAGACGGACGCGCGGCGGUUCGAUGCCGCCGCCACCGCCUGCGGCCAGGGCGCGGGCCUGCUGGCCGUCAUGAUGCAAGUGGCGCAGGACCUCGAGGACGUCAUCGUCGCGGGCAAGUCCGAGGUGAUUUGGUCGUCGGCCGCGGCGGUGGAUGCCGUUUCCACCUCGGGCGUGCAGAUGGGGCCGGCCAUGAUGCAUCACCAGCAGCAGCAUGCGGAGCACAUGCUGGCGCAGACGACGCAGCCGCCCAUCAUGUCGCACCAUUCGCACCACAUGGCGCACACGACGGCUCCUCAUCAGGAUCCGUUUGUUGCCAUGAUGGGGAUUGGGUUUAUGGGGUCGUUUCCGUAGAGAGGGAUUUGUAUAGACUAUAGAGUAGGGUUGGGGGAGGAGGAAGGAAGCGGUGGCAUCUGUGCAGCCUUGUUCGUUCAGGGCUAGGUAGGACCAUAGAAAGUCUGAUUUGGUGCUAUAUUUGGAUUUGUAAAAUAGACACAUGUUUCAAGCUUUGCUGAAACUGUAAUGUUGCA